UGCAGAUUCGCGGCCAUUGUUAAUUGCUGAAAGUCAUUUUCCUUUUGGUGAGUAAAGCGUCCAUAUCAGUGGUAAAAGUUAUUCGAAAAGAGCGAUUUGAUGCAAAAAUCACACAUUAUGAGCAAUGUCUGAGUAUUUCCCAGGGUGUCUCGACGGUAUUCCUUAAAUUCUUUGUCCAGAAUCAGAUUAUUAUCGUUCCUGUGAGGGAUCUUAGGAACUGUACUUAUCCUACACAUUGUAGAGGAAGAAGAUUUGGGUUUUAUAAACCCUAUUUUUUAAUACACUUGCAAUAGUAUUUUCUACAAUUAUGAUGACGGACACAUUGAAUUCGAACCAUGUGAUGGCUUUGUCAGGCAAAGUUGAUAUUGACACCAAAAUGGAUGACAUGGGAUGGAAAGCCAAACUGAAGAUUCCACCCAAGGAUAGGAGAAUACAGACCAGUGAUGUGACUGAUACCAGGGGAAAUGAAUUUGAAGAAUUCUGCUUGAAGAGAGAAUUAUUAAUGGGUAUUUUUGAAAAAGGGUGGGAGAAACCGUCUCCUAUCCAAGAAGCUUCUAUUCCAAUUGCGUUAUCUGGCAAGGAUAUUCUUGCAAGGGCAAAAAAUGGCACAGGUAAAACCGGUGCGUACAGUAUUCCCGUGUUGGAACAGAUCGAUCCCAAGAAAGACUGCAUUCAAGCACUGAUCAUAGUGCCUACACGAGAGCUCGCGCUUCAAACGUCACAAAUUUGCAUUGAGCUCGCUAAGCACUUGGACGUGCGCGUGAUGGUAACGACCGGUGGAACAAAUUUAAGAGAUGACAUAAUGCGCAUCUACCAGAAAGUACAAGUUAUUAUAGCAACGCCUGGCCGCAUCCUCGAUCUGAUGGAAAAGGGUGUCGCCGUAAUGGACCAGUGCAAGAUUCUAGUUUUAGACGAAGCCGACAAGCUUCUCUCACAAGACUUCAAGGGGAUGCUCGACACUGUGAUAAAGAACUUACCGCAAGAGAGACAAAUACUGUUGUUCUCCGCCACGUUUCCUCUCACAGUUGAGCAGUUUAUGCGAAAACAUCUCCGAGAUCCGUACGAGAUCAAUCUCAUGGAGGAGCUCACUCUUAAAGGUGUCACGCAAUACUAUGCGUUCGUUCAAGAACGUCAGAAAGUACACUGUUUAAAUACUCUGUUUUCAAAGUUACAAAUAAACCAAAGCAUAAUAUUCUGCAAUUCCACGCAACGUGUCGAAUUGUUGGCGAAGAAAAUCACCGAACUUGGUUAUUGCUGCUACUACAUUCACGCCAAGAUGGCUCAAGCGCAUCGCAACAGAGUAUUCCAUGAUUUUCGAGCUGGUCUCUGCCGAAAUCUAGUCUGUUCUGAUCUGUUUACAAGAGGUAUCGAUGUGCAAGCCGUCAACGUCGUCAUCAAUUUCGACUUCCCGAAAAUGGCAGAGACGUAUCUGCACCGUAUCGGUAGAUCUGGAAGAUUUGGGCACUUGGGCAUUGCCAUCAACUUGAUUACUUACGAUGAUCGAUUCGCGCUUCAUCGCAUUGAACAAGAGUUGGGAACGGAGAUCAAGCCGAUCCCGAAAGUGAUCGAUCCCAAGUUGUACGUGGCCAAGUUAAUAGACGACGAAGAUACUCCAGAAGACAACGCCAAGUAACGCGGUGUGUUACGAAAUAUCACUGAUAACUGUAAAUAUUAAACAACGUACUUUCCGAAGAAUUAAAUUUCUGUUGAAGACUUUUUUAUACUAAAAAAGGGUGAUAUACUGAUUUAUUUAAGAGAUUCUGCACUACUACGUAACUUAUCACAGUGAUUCUACAUUUGGGGCCUAAGCUUUAAAUCGCAUAAGUUGUUACCCGUGUGCAUUUAAAGCUGCAAAAUUCUACAGUCACUAUUUUACAACGCCAUGAAAUUCGUUACUUACCAUCCGAAUCUCCGCGAAUUUGAUGGCCGCGUAAAACCGCACUGUGAUACGUUCGAGUCGUCGGUGCAGAUCUAGUUCUUAAACUAUAAGUUGAACAGUGUGAACUUUGAUAGUGAAAAACUAAAAUGUGUUAAAACUGAGAAAAGACUCCUAAGUGUGCUAAUAAUGUGACUUGGGUUCAGGGAACGAGAAGAAAGAAGAGGAGUGAUAGUGCUCCAACAAUUUUUCCGAGGAGAUUCUUAUUACGAUUCGGUGGGGCCUCCGAAUUGUGACGUGUUCAAGCAUUGCGAAAAAGGCCCAAAAUUCUGUUUGGGGGAUGUCCAAAAUUAUCCUAGAAUUGUUUAUUACCGAAUCUUCCGCAAAUUGAUUCUUUAACACCGAAUUUUAAAGACUUGUUUUUCAUUUUUACUAAGGGGGGGUUAUUUAUGACGUCGUUGUGCUAAAUGUUUGCAAAAAUUUUAUUGUCUUGCUUUAUAUACGGUCUUAUUUAUUUUUUUACUAUUGGGUAACAGAUUUUUGCAUACAUUUAACAUUGAUAUUUUGUUAAAAAAUAAUAAAAAACGUGAGGGGUGUUUCACUAAAUUUGUGUUAGGAUUAUUCUAUUUUAAGUUAUCUAAAGGUACAGUAUUAAUACUUGCAGUGGUCUUUAUAAAAAUAGUCGCCCUAUUGUGGUUGUUAAUCAAGUUUGUUACUUUAUAUCAAUAUUGUUGCUGUAAAUUUUUUUCAAAAAAUAAAUGCCCUUCACACACA